AUGGAUACAAAUAUGCGAAAAUCUAUCACUCCCGCUGAAAAAUUAGCAGUCACUUUGAGAUACCUUGGGUCUGGGUGUACAUUCACAGAUUUGCAUUAUUCCUACAAAUUAGGAACAUCAACAAUUGCUCAGAUUAUUCGGGAAGUUUGUAUUGUAAUAUGGGAUGAAUUAGUUGAAGUUUACAUGCCUUCUUUUACAGAUCAAUAUUGGCAAAAUAUUUCUACUGGUUUUGAACAACGAGCGAAUUUCCCUAAUUGCUUAGGAGCGGUGGACGGAAAACACAUUCGUAUAAUUAAACCCACUGGAACUGGUAGUCAACAUUAUAACUAUAAACAUUAUUUCUCAAUUGUUUUAUUAGCAGUUGUGGAUUCAGACUAUAGGUUUAUAUAUGUUGAUGCGGGAUCAUUUGGGAAGGACUCCGACUCCACUAUUUUAAAAAAUUCAUCGUUCGGAACUUUAUUGGCCAAUGAAUCACUACAUAUUCCCAGACCAUCUCAAUUACCGAAUACGAAUGAAACUAACAAAUAUGUAUUUGUUGGCGAUGAAGCUUUUGGUCUAUAA